CCCGCGUGGAAAGGCGCCCCAGUACCUGGUAGCGGGAGCGGGCUGUGCGCGGUGUGCGGCCGGAGGGGUAGCCGGGUCGAAGGGCCCUGGCUGAGGGGAGAUGUGUGGGGGCGGCCCGCGGGAUAGGGGUGACCGCCAGACCCCUCUGCGCCGUGCAGCCGCCGGCCAGAAACUAGACGAUGGGCAUUUAAACAACUCCUUGGGCUCUCCAGUUCAAGCCGACGUGUACUUCCCACGAUUGAUCGUGCCAUUUUGUGGGCACAUUAAAGGUGGCAUGAGACCAGGCAAGAAGGUGUUAGUGAUGGGCAUCGUAGACCUCAACCCGGAGAGCUUUGCCAUCAGCUUGACCUGUGGUGACUCGGAAGAUCCUCCCGCCGAUGUGGCAAUUGAACUUAAAGCUGUGUUCACAGACCGACAGCUGCUCAGAAAUUCUUGUAUAUCUGGGGAAAGAGGUGAAGAGCAGUCAGCCAUCCCCUACUUCCCAUUCAUCCCAGACCAGCCAUUCAGGGUGGAAAUUCUUUGUGAACACCCACGUUUCAGAGUGUUUGUGGAUGGACACCAACUUUUUGAUUUUUACCACCGCAUUCAAACAUUAUCUGCAAUCGACACAAUAAAGAUAAACGGGGACCUCCAGAUCACUAAACUUGGCUGAUGUUUAAACCACAUCCGUUUCACAUAGCAUCAGGUGCCACAACUGUCUUGACUGUCUGUCUGGAAGAAUUGUCCCAGCAAGAUCUGAAGACUUAAAAAAAAAAGACAAAAAUGAAAAGGCAAGCCUCGAUGUUUCUUCUUUCUGUGCAGUCUAAAGUCCAAAUGACUUCAACAGUGGUUUGCCCUUUGGAAGCUGUCAGAACAAAGACACCGAGCCAUUAUUCCCAGAACAAAAUAAUACACUUGUGCUGGAUUUUAUUCAGACUAAACUGAAACGGAUUUGGGAUGAUUUGGGAUUUGGUAGUAAGUUAUUCAUCUAUUCAAAGCAAGGUGAUGUUUAGAGCAAAAGUGUUAAAGACUUAAUACAACAACAAAGACGGUACACCGAGAUCAACUCAUUUCUGCACUGAAGUGGAAUUGUGUAGCACAACCAACAUUUUAUUAGUCAGGGUAUUUAACAUAGAAUGUAGGUUGUUGAAGGUUUGGUGGGUUUUUUUGUUUUUUUGUUUUUUUUUUUUUUGCACUGCAUAAUGUUAAUUCAGAUUUUUAAAGCUUUCUUGUAGUUAUUUAUUUCUAUUCAGUGUAUGUAUUAGAGAAUGAUUAAUGUCUCAAGAACAGCAAGCUAUGAACUUUUGAAUGUACAAUUAUCUUAGAUUUGAAGGGGAAAAUUAUGUAUUACAAUCAUGAAAAAAGUGAAUAUCUACCUUAAAGAGUUGAGUCUUAUUCUCCAUACCCCAAACUUAAAAUCUUUUGAUAUAAAUUGCUGUAAGUGCUUUUGGGAAAACUUUGCAACGUUUUGAUAAGACUGCUUUUCAAGUUAUUGAUGAUUCUGUAAAAUUCUAUUUACAUUGCUUAUUCUCCUUACUGUGAAUUAGCACAGUAUUGGCUUCCUUAAGACUAAUUAACUACUUUUCUCUAGAUCUACCUAAUAGCUCAUUAAGUUGUUAUUAAGCUAAUUGAAAACAUGUAAGAGGCGAUUGCAUAGACAGUUUUUUAAAUGACUAUUAUAUAAACUUUUAAAAGUAUAGUAUGAAAAUGAUCCUGGAAUGCAGUGGAAAGCAGAAGCAAAUGGCCCCAAAUAACAUACUUGGAAAUAAUUUACAUCAACUUAAGCUGUUAGUUCAUUCUAUCACUUUUAUUAUGUGACCCUUCCCAGCAUCCCUAAGCAAUGCCUUUGGCGCUUCAGAGUAGAGGAUGCUUCCUACUGUGUUGGCUUUGCUGAGAUGUUAGCAUAAGACUGGGAUCAGAAUCAGGAAAUGAUCCAGUUAGUUUAUCUGAAAGUUUAAAUCCCUGGACUCCAGGCCUUUGAGUCCAGCCAAUAGUGUGAAUGCUUCCAAUUAAGCUGUAGGAGUUUCCCUAUACUUGGAACUGAUUAGACAGCAGGGAGUCUCCAGGAGAAGCCUGCAGUGCUAUAAAUAUCAGUACAAGGCGAGGCAUGGUUGCAGUCCUGGGAGCUGGAUUUUACAAACUGCAUUGGCCCUGGAGAGAAGGACCCUUGGCAUUGCUUUGGUCAGCUAGCAAGGGGAAGAAGGGGUGCUGGGGUAGGAGUGUGUUUAUAUAUAAUUUAGGUUUUGUUUGUACAGCAUUCUGCGUCUUGUUAUGACACGUCCUUGUCCUGCUUUGCUUUUGAGUUUUUUUACACGACAUGCAGAGGCACUGAAGUGGCCACGUCAUUUUCACGUGUUGAGAAUGUAGACAGUGUUUCAGUACCAAAGUCUAAAAAAAGCAAGCAAACUAAAAUUGUGAAUUUUUUAUAGGUGUUAUAUUUGGAUUUUUCUCAACUUUGAAACUGUUUAGCACAGUUCCAUUGUGUUAUAUAAGAAGAUGCUUUAUCCAAUAAGACUGGCUGAGCAUUGACAAGCUUUAUGUACCAUCUGACUUAACCAGCCAUAUUCAGGCAGGAGGGCUGUUCUGUGGCUCUAGGUAUUUGGGGGCCUGCAAUGAACUUGUAGAGCCACUAGAUUUUGAGGAGUGUUCGUAGAGAGACUUGGAAGAGACCCUGAAAUAUAUUUGUAGUUUUGCUUCUCCUUGUGGUGGAAGACCCCCACAGGAUGUUUCCUUUGAGUGGCCAUCCCUUCCCACCCACUGCAUAAUUCAGCAGAAACUAGAGGAGCUGGGAGUGUAACUGUUUUGAAUUGAAACUGUUCUCUCUACCUAUCAGCUAACUGGUUAGCAGCCAAGCGGUUAGGCAGCUUAGUGUAACAGCUUACACUGUUAACCCUUCAUUUCUCUAUGAGGUCAGAGGGAACCUUGUGGUUAACCCUGUUGGAAUUGAUCUAAAGGAUGUGAUGGUUUGAUUCAGGUAUAGUUAAAGGAGCAGGGGGCUAAUCCAGCUGUAUUAAUGGUUAGCUGUAAACUGGAAACAAUAGUCGCAUCCUCUCAUCAGUGUGUGAUGUCUAAGGUGGGAAUUCAGGAUGGAAAGUGCAAUUUUAAGCUUCACAGAAAAGCAUUUGGGUAUGUAAGGUGUUAUUUCUGACCAGAGCCCUAAUUUUGCAAUAUGACCAAAACCAAGGAAUAUAAAGAACAAUCAGGCUCUGGGGGAAUAAUAGGCUUUAGACAAUCUGUUCAUUUCUGCAUCAAAAUUGGAAUGAAUGUAUAUAUCUUCUUAAAAGUUGAUAGAAGUGACUUCUACUUUCUGUCCAAUAUAAUUGUCUUAAAAAUAUUUUUUUAAUUUGAAACCCUAUUUCAAACCAUGCCAACCUUAGUUCAGAACCUAAGAGAUCAUUCUUAGAAUUGUUGGUAAUUUGUUAAAAUGGCAAAUCCAUUCAUUUGUAUUAAAAAGAAAAUAUCCAAAAAGAGGGAGGGAUCCCUGUUGCCUUGAGAGAAACAGCCUUGGCAUUUUCCGGCUACAUUAUUAAUGUAGAAAUAAUGUUCCUAUGAUAACAUAUUUUCAAAGAAACACUUUCUUAUUUACUGCGUGGUGUAAAAUGUUGCUAAGUUUGUUCUUACAUUACUAUGUCACUGCUGAAAGUUAUUUGCACUAUAAUAAAGGAAUUUUCUACAAAA